AUGGGUCCCAUUCAGAACACCUCAACUAACCAACGCACCAACUCCUUCCAAAAUUCCAACUCCUUCCACCCCAACAACCGUAGCAACCAGCAGAGAGUCCAAUGCCAAUUAUGUGACAAAUUUGAGCACAUCGCCAAAGUUUGUCGCUCAAAAUCACAUAGUGCACUUGAGGGUCAAGCCAACUUCACCAACCGCUUGUCCUAUGCAUCUAAUCCCACAAACAAUUGGAUUGUUGACUCUGGAGCAUCACACCAUAUCACAAAUAAUUCACAAUCUCUACAAGCCACAACAGAAUUCCCCGGCACUGAUGAAAUAAUCGUUGGAGAGGGUAAAACCAUUCCGAUUACUCAUAUUGGUCACACUACACUUUCUUCAUCUCAUAAUUCUUUUAAGUUACGGAAUGAUUUGAGCACGGGGGCAUGUCUUCUGCAAGGUCGGAGUAAAGGUGAUCUCUACGAAUGGCCACCAAUCAGUGUCUCACCCCCUUCACUACAAGCCAACUUUGCUACUCAAUCACCAAAGCAUUUGCACUUCCCUUCCCUUGAUCGUGCUUCAGCCUCCAACUUGGAGUCUUGGCACUGUCCAGUAGCUUCCUCCUCCUCAAUUUCCCUACCUUAUACCAAUGAAUCAUGCAUUCCACCUCCUAUACCUCAAGCCAUCGACCUGGUUGUCCCAAGGACUACUCAAGAGAUCACUACCUCUCCAACUACUGCAGAGGAUGUGUCAUCAAGUACUGCUGUAUGUACCUCAGCUAAUUCACCCUCACCCUCUACUCCAAGCAUGUCCAACACUAUGUCCCCUGUUGCACAAUAUCCUUUUCCUCCACCACAAACUUUGCCACCUGCUCCUACUCACUCUAUGGUCAUGAGAUCCCAGAACAACAUCUUCAAACCAAAAGUUGUCUUUGACUAUCUUGCUAUCUCUUCCACCAAAUCGCUUCCUCUUGCUCCGACAACUUUUGCCCAAGCAAACAAGUAUCCUGAAUGGAAAACAUCCAUGAAGGAUGAAUAUACCGCCCUUAUGAGAAAUUCCACCUGGACUUUGGUUCCCCCAUAUCCCUCUCAAAAUGUAGUUGGAUUCAAGUGGGUUUAUCGUGUCCAGCAUAAACCUGAUGGGUCUGUGGAUCGCUACAAAGCGAGAUUAGUUGCAAAUGUUUUCAUCAACGACCUGGUGUAG